UUUAAGACAGAUGAUAUAGAACCAUUAACUACAGCGGUUGUUCCUCCCCUUCCACCCCCUCCACUAGGAAAACGUCUGUCCACAGCCUCAGCCGGAGCUUUCUCUCUUUUUUCAAAUACGGCAGGAGAUGGAUCAACAUCUUAUUUACGUCUAGUUAAUUGGUUGUGCUCAAUGUCGGGAAUUUUGUUUGGAUAUUCCUCUUCCUCAAUUAAUGAUUCGAUUCCUUUUAUGCGUCGAGAGUUGGGAUUAACCCCUGCUGGAGUUGGAUUGAUCACGUCAUGUUUUCUAGUGGGUGCCGCAUUUGGAAGUAUUUUUGGGGGAAGAUUAGCAGAUCGUUUCGGGCGUAAACGAACGCUUAUAUUAAAUGAAAUUUUGUUUAUUCUGGGAACGCUUGGUACUUCUUUGGCACCCAAUUUUGAGACAGUAUUAGCUACCCGCCUUUUCCACGGAUUUUCUUCUGGUGGAAUAACUUCUGUUGCCCCAGUUUUGCUAGCAGAAACAUCGACGCCAGAACAGCGAUCACAAAGUGUAACAAUGGCACUCUUAAUUCUUGUGUUUGGAGAAUUUUGUGUUUUUGUUGUUGGUGCAGUUCUUGGUAACGUCUGGUAUGAAAACGACGCGAUUUGGCGUUGGAUUAAUGUAUUAAUUGUUGUCCCAGCAGUGAUUUUGCUUAUUUUACAUAUUCUUAUUGUUCCAGAAAGUCCUCGUUGGCUUGCUCAAAAUGGAAAGGCAAAUCUUGCAUGGAAAACGCUUAGAAGGAUGCGGCGAUCUUCAGCUCAAACACGACACGAAUUACGUGAAAUUGAGGCUGCUAUAAAUAAUAUUAACAAUAAUAUUACUACAAUUACAAAUCCACAAUUGGGAGAGAAUGAGGAUAGUGAAAAACUUGAAAAUAAGCCAACAACAAAGAAAGCUGGAAUAAGCGAUAUUUUAACAGUUUCUUGGUUGAGAACAGUACUUUUAGUUGGUAUUGCUGUUGCUAUUACACAGCAAGCAUAUGGAGUUGCAAUAGGAAUGCUUUAUGGAACUGAAGUGCUUCGAGAAGCAGGGCUAGAUACAAAAAUGGCUUUAAUCGCUAAUAUUGGAAUUGGGCUGGUCUCAUUUCUGGCUUCUUGGGCGGGUCUUUUAGUAGUUUCUAGAGUUGGUCGGCGUUCGCUUCUCAUUUUCGGCCAAAUAGGCACCUUAUUGGCACAUUUGGCUAUUGUUGUUUGUUCAGCAAUUUUGCCUUAUGGAACAGCUCGUGGCUGGGCUACUUUUGGCCUUUUACUCCCCUUCUUAGCAUUCUCACAGGGGGCUAUAUCUACAGUUACUUGGUUUUUAUAUUUUAGAGAUUUUUUAAAAUUAUUUUUAAGGUUAAUGUCUGCAGAAAUCUUCCCUUUAAGUAUGCGCGGAAUUGGUACAGGUAUUUGUAUGCUAUCUGCAUGGACAACUGCUUGUACUAUUAGUCAAUUAUUUCCUAUCUGUGUCAACAAUUUUGGCCAAGCCUUUACCUUUUCUGGUUUCUUUAUUUUUGGUUCAAUUUUAUUAAUAUUUACCUGGCUUUAUCUACCCGAAACAAGAAAUAAAACCCUCGAACAAUUAGAAUGCCAAUUCCAAAACGGUGAUUGGUUGGCUUUAAAAAAGCCGGGGAUUAGCAAUGCGGAAAGACGUUUAAAUCGUAAAGCAGCUGAAGCUAGAGAGGAAGACGAGGAAGAAAAGAAAAAUAGGUCCUUAAGUAUUGUUAAGGAAGAAAUUCCGGAAGGAAAAUAUUAA